CACUGUUAGGCGGCACUGACUGGCACUGAUGGGUGACACUGAAAGGCAGUUCAGAUGGGCACUGAUAUGGGGCAUUGAUGUGCACUGGUAGGCACUGAUAUGUGGCAUUGGUGGGCACUGGCACGAGGCACUGAUGGACACUGACAGGUGGCUCUGCUGGGGCUACACUGAUCAUCAGGGCACACUGAUCAUCAGUUCUCUGAUGAUCACCGAUUACCGGCUCUCAUCUCCUCUGUCAAUGUGGCAGCUCGAGAGGAGAGAAAUGCCGAUAACCGUCCACUGAUGUACCAGUUCUUAUGAGCAUACAGUGG